AUGUCGAAGAACGCUACUUUCAGGUCCCAGUCGCCAUACGAAGCUCUCCCAUUAUCGCACGGAGAGAUACGCGUCCUGGAAGUCGCGCCUAGCCGCGGCCGCGGCAUCGUCAAGUGUACGAUGAAACGCAUCUCGCUUCUCGACAAUCCUGUGCCAGUCUAUGAGACUAUCUCAUACUGCUGGGGGCCUCCUCGAGCUCGGUCUAUCAUGAGGCUCAACGGACAUCGGAUACGCGUGCCAGCAAGCUCAGAGGCCGCUAUCAAACGCAUGCGACUUAAUGACCGACCGCGAGUACUCUGGAUUGAUGCCAUAUGUAUCGAUCAGUCAUCGACGACAGAACGCAGCGCCCAAGUAGCCUUUAUGGCGACCGUUUACAGUGCCGCGAAGCACAACCUCAUUUACCUCGGGGAAGAUGACGUCGAUAUGGCUGAGAGAGCCAUGAAGGCUCUCCAAGACGUUAUGAACGACAUGCGUAUCGCAACUGCAGACUUCAACCAAGUGUUGGAAAUCAUCCGCAAUGAAACGUGCGCCUGGGUUAGCUCAAAUGAACCGUUCAGCGCGAGUGUUGACUUUGAAGCUCUCGAAGCUCUUUUCAGUCACCACUGGUUCAGGUAA